CGACCGUCCGCGGCCCGGAGCGGCAAGAGCAGAGAGACCCGGGGCCGCUGCUGGGGACUCGGCCGUAACAGGGACUGCAGGCAGUAACGUAUCGGUACCCGUAACGGUGACGUGAUGUGAUGCGAUGCCGCGCGGGAUCUCGGUAACGUAAGAGCAGCGGCAGCAGCGGAGGGGAGGAGGAGGAGGAGGAGGUCUGUCGAGGCUGAGCCGAGGAAGAUGCAGCAGUGACCGACUGCUCGGUGCCGGGAGGAGGGGAACACAUCCGUCCGUCCAAAGGUGCGACCGCCCGCCCGUCUACCCGGGAGCCUCGACCGAUCCGAACAGGAAUGGACGGGUAGGCAGGGAGGAGGCGCGAGGAGCAACCGACGGUACAUAACGGAGGAGAGCGCGAGGAGGAGGAGGAGGAGGAGGGAGGCGCCAGGCGGAGGAGCAGCGUGAGGAGGAGGGAGGAUGAAUCCGGUGGAUGGAGGAGGAGAAGCGGGCCCGGACGGCCUGGCGACGGCAGGUUCUGGUAAAGCGGAGUGCGUUCGGGCGGUCGACGUCCUGACGGUGCUCAGGGAGAAAGUGGCCUUCGUGUCAGGUGGACGGGACAAACGUGGUGGACCAAUCCUGACCUUCCCUGCCAGGACCAAUCAUGAUCGAAUAAAGCAGGAAGACCUGAGUCGACUGGUCACUUACCUGUCGACCAUACCCAGUGAGGACGUGCGAGCCCGUGGCUUCACGGUGGUGGUGGACAUGCGCGGCAGUAAGUGGGACAGCGUGAAGCCGGUGCUGCGGACGCUGCAGGAGUCGUUUUCCUCCAGCAUCCACACGGCGCUGCUCAUCAAACCAGACACCUUCUGGCAGAAACACAAGACCAACCUGGGCAGCGCCAAGCUCAGCUUCGAGACCAGCCUGGUGUCGGUGGAGGGUCUGUCGCGGCUCGUAGACCCCUCCCAGCUGACCUCGGACCUCGGCGGCUCGCUGGAGUACGACCACGUGGAGUGGACCGAGCUGCGCCUGGGUCUGGAGGAGUUCUCUGGGGCCGCCACACAGCUGCUGGCCCAGCUGGAGCAGCUGGAGGCUGGGCUGAACCGAGUACCAGAGCCUCAGGACGUCGACGAGGCCCGCAAACUUCUCGAGGAGCACGGCCGUCUUCGGAACACCAUCGCAACCGCACCAGUCGACGCCCUCGAGCGGGAGGGGCGGAGCCUGCUCCAGCGCAUGCGGCUGGGCCCCGCCCACGGGGACGCCUCUGCCGAGGGCGGAGGCGGCAGCCAUGGCAGCUGGCUGUCGGGAGGGGCGGACUUCCAGAGCGUCGCACCAAAGGUUUCGUCUCUGCUGGACCGGCUGCAGGCGGCUCGCAGUCACCUGCUGCAGAGCUGGAGCGACAGGAAGCUGCACCUGGACCAGGCCCUGCAGCUACACCUGUUUGAGCAGGACGCCACCAAGAUGUCCGAGUGGAUCGCUCACAGUAAAGACUUGUUCAUGCAGAGCCUGGCGGAGGUCGGCCAGAACCACCAGCACGCCCUCGACCUCCAGACACAACACCAGCACUUCACUGCCAACUGCAUGAACGGCAGUGUGAACGUGGACAGUGUGGUCACUGUGGCGGCGAGGCUGGCAGAGGCCGGUCACUACGGGGCGGAGCGGAUCGCCAUGGUGUCGUCACGGUUACAGGAAGACUGGAAGUCCCUGACGACGGCGCUGGAGGAGCGUAGCAACACGCUCGCCAUGGCAACUGGCUUCCACCAGGGGGCAGAGCAGUUCCUGCUCAGAGUGGAGGGCUGGGUUCAGGUGUGCUCCGAAGGCUCGUUGCCGUCGGCGACAGCUGAGCUGGAAGCUGCAAUAAAGAAACACCAGGAACUAAACGAGGAGAUCUGUGCUAACUACACGCAGGUCAGUGAGAGCGGGAAAGCCUUAUUGGAUGUCCUCCAGCGUUGCCCGGCGACUGACUCUGACGACUCAGCGACCAAACCAGAUUUCACUGCUGCCACGCAUGACAUCAUGGGAGUUCUGCACCAGGUCAUGCAGGGUCACCAUGAGGUGGAGGGGGCGUGGCAGCAUCGUAAACUCCGCCUCCACCAGCGCCUGCAGCUGUGCGUGUUUCAACAGGACGUCCGACAGGUGUUGGACUGGGUGGAGCAGCAUGGGGAGGUCUUCCUGAACAAACACAGCGGUGUGGGGAAGUCUCUGCACCGAGCGCGAGCGCUGCAGAAACGACACGACGACUUCCAGCAGGUCGCACAGAACACUUACACUAAUGCAGAGAAGCUUCUGGAAGCAGCGGAUCAGCUGGCUCAGUCUGGAGAGUGUGAGGAGGAGGAGAUCUACCAGGCAGCCAGAGACCUGGAGCUCCGCAUGCAGGCUUUCAUCCAGCGAGUUGAGCAGAGGAAGCUGCUGCUGGACCUCGCUGUGUCCUUCUACACACACACCAAGGAGCUCUCGGCGUGGAUGGAGGGCCUCCAGAAGCAGCUCUCCUCAGACCUCUGCGUUUGUCCGGACGCCGUUGAGGCUCUGCAGGCUCUCAUCAGCCAGCAGCAGCAGCAGCAGGCCAACACGCAGGAAGCUGCGAUGAGUGUCAUCCGGGAAGGAGAAGACCUCAUCCUGCAACUCAGGCCCCAGGGCAGCUCAGUGGCCCAUGUGGAGUCGGUGCUCCAGCAGCUGGAGGAGUCUCAUGUUCAGCUGGAGGAGCUUUUCCACCAGAGGAAGAUCCGCCUGGAUGUCUACUUGCAGCUCCGCAUCCUGCACCAGUGCACCCUGGAGGUAACCGGGGAAAUGGACGCCUGGAAGCAGGACCUCCAGAAACAGUCCCAGGACUUCUCCGCCGAGAAGCUAGCAUCACCACGGCUAGCCGACGCCAACCAGGACAAGCUAGCCCAGGACAAGCUGGCAUUGGGCCAAUCGCGGCUAGUGGAGGCUAGCCCAGAGGUGCUAACGCUAGCGCAACAGCGCAUCCACAGGCACAUGGAACGACGGCUGGCUAUGAACAACAUGAUCUAUGAGGUCAUCCAGCAGGCUCACGACCUGCAGCAGUACAUCACUGAGGUCCAGGCGUCAGGUAUCGAGCUGUCAGAGGCUGAGGGGGGUCUCUCCCCGCAGGUGGAGGAGCUGCAGCGCCUCCUGCAGGACAAACAGAAGGAACUGCAGCAGAUUGCAGAUCACGCACACACACACCUGGAGCAGAACCUGCAGCUGAGACACCUGCAGAGCCAGGUCAAACAGGUGCUGGGUUGGAUCUCAGAGGGGGAAGUCAUGUUGUCGUCCUGCAUGCUGAACUCCAGCUGUCUGUCUGAAGCUGAGCAGCUGCAGAGGGAGCACGAGCGCCUCCAGCAGGCCAUAGAGGCUCUGCUCCAUGCUGACUCCCUGCAGAGGACUCAUCAGGUGGCUCUGGCUCUGCAGCAGAGAGCAGAGCUGCUGGUCAGGUCGGGUCACUACGAUCCAGAUGCAGUGAGGUCUUGUGCCCAGACGGUGGCGCUGCACUGGCAGACUCUGAUGCUGAGGAUUGAAGACAGACUCAAGCUGGUCAACGCAUCUGCAGCCUUUUACAGGACAUCCCAGCAGGUGUGUGGCGUGCUGGAGAGUCUGGAGCAGGAGUACCGCAGAGAGGAGGACUGGUGUGGAGGUGGAGACAGACAGCCUGAGCAGCUCCUGCCUCUCAUCAACAAACACAUGGAGCAGAAGGAGGCCUUCCUGAAGGCCUGCACUCUGGCCAGACGAAACGCUGAAGUUUUCCUCAAGUACAUCCACCGCAACAGCGUCACCAUGGCCAACAUCUCUGGCCACAGCGUCACUGUCUCCGGGGUAACGGGGGUGACCGAGGUCACCGGGCACUCCAGGGUACCAGAGCAGCAGGUCAAAGGUAUCCUCAGCGAGCUGCUCCAGAGGGAAAACAGAGUCCUUCAUUUCUGGACUUUGAAGAAACGCAGACUGGAUCAGUGCCAGCAGUACCUGAUGUUCCAGAGCCACGCGCAGCAGGCUCUCGAUUGGCUGCAGCAGUCAGGUGACCACUACCUGGCCACGCACACGUCGCCAGGGCCAACAGUGGCUGAGACCCAAGAACUGCUGAACCAGCACAGGGAGUUCUGUGUGUCCGCCAAGCACACACAGGAGAAGGUGCACCUGCUCAUCCAAUUGGCUGAGAGCAUGCUGGCUAAAGGCCACGCCCAUCGAGCCGAGCUCCGUCGCUGCGUUUCCACUGUGGACAAGCGUUACCGCGACUUCUCCGUCAGGAUGGGACAGUACCGCCACCUGCUGGAGACGGCUCUCGGAGGCUGCUCACAGGACAAUAAGGACCUGGAGCUGGAGCUGAUCCCCAACAGUCUGUCGGACUCCGACCCCGAGGUCAACCUGUCUGACCCCAGUCAUCAGGUUAGCGACGAGAAGAGACGCUCCGCCCGCAAGAAGGAGUACAUCAUGGCUGAGCUCCUUCAGACAGAGAGAGUGUAUGUCAGAGACCUGCAGGAGUGUAUCGAGACGUACCUGUGGGAGAUGACGAGCGGCUCAGAGGACGUCCCACCUGGUCUCAUUAACAAGGACGACAUCGUGUUCGGAAACAUCCAGGACAUCUACGAGUUCCACAACAGUAUUUUCCUGAAGGAGCUGGAAAACUAUGAGCAGCUUCCUGAGGACGUUGGACACUGCUUUGUUACCUGGGCCGACAAGUUCCACAUGUAUGUGACGUACUGCAGGAACAAACCAGACUCCAGUCUACUGAUCCAGCAGCACGGCGUCAGCUUCUUCGAGGAGGUCCAGAGGAGACACGGCUUGGCCAACUCCAUCUCUUCAGCUCUCAUCAAACCGGUUCAGCGGAUCACCAAAUACCAGCUGCUGCUCAAGGAGCUGCUGGCGUGCUGCGAGGAGGGAAAAGGCGAGAUAAAAGAAGGCCUGGACGUGAUGCUGAGCGUCCCAAAGAGGGCGAACGACGCCAUGCACGUCAGCAUGCUGGAAGGUCUGGAGGAGGGUCUGGAGGUGCAGGGGGAGCUCCUGCUGCAGGACUCCUUCUUGGUGUGGGAACCAAAGUCUCUGAUCAGGAAGGGGCGGGACCGGCACCUCUUCCUGUUCGAGCUGUCACUCAUCUUCAGCAAGGAGAUCAAAGACUCGUCUGGACGAACCAAAUACCUGUACAAGAGCAGACUGAGGACCUCAGAGCUCGGCGUCACAGAGCACAUCGAGGGGGAUCCCUGCAAGUUUGCUCUGUGGGUUGGACGGACGCCGACCUCGGACAACAAGACGGUCCUGAAGGCAUCGUCACUGGAGCUGAAGCAGGAGUGGGUCCGCAGCAUCCGACAGGUGAUUCAGGAGAGGCGGGGCCACCUGCGGGGGGCGCUGAGGGAGCCCAUCCCCCUCCCCAAGACACCAAACCCCACGCUGGGGCGACAGCGCAGCAUCAGCCGCAGGGAGACGAGCGAGGACGCAGACAGUCUGGGCGACGCCAGCAGUCAGCCCGACACCGUCUCCAUUGCCUCCCGAACGUCACAGAACACUGCCGACAGCGACAAGCUGUCAGGAGGCUGUGAGUUAGUGGUGGUGCUGUUGGACGUCUCCUCCGGGGGACCAGGGGAGCUCGGCGUCCGUUGUGGUCAGACCGUGGAGCUGGUGGAGCGCUCGGCCGACCGCCCGGGCUGGUGUUUGGUCAGAACGACAGAUCAAACGCCCCAGCAGGAGGGUUUACUGCCGAUGAGCGCCCUCUGUCUGUCACACUCCCACAGUGCAGCGGACAUGGAGGGGCUCAUCCCAGCUUCCACCACCUGCUCCAGCACAUCUUCAGCGUGCAACACCACCUCCUCGUCCUCCUGCAACUCCUCCACCACGACCGCCACCUCUUCCACCAACAGCUCCAACUCGUCCUCCACCCUGAGUGCCGGGAGGGAGUCCGGUCUGUUCGUCUCCGAGGGCUCGGGGCUCCACACUCAGACCAGCCAAAGUGCCACCUCCCCCACAGUCUGUGGCGUAGGCGGGGCUCCAGGGGGCGCCGUGGGCUCCCCGGGGACGAAACGCAGCGUCUCUGGAACCGGAAACACCCUGAAGCGCUGGUUGACCAGUCCGGUCCGGAGGCUGAGUCAGGGAAAGGCUGACGGACAGAAGAAACCUCCAAUCAGGACCAGGAGGCGGGAAAACAGGCCAGAGGUGACCACACCCCCCACUGGCAACGCACAGACGAAGGCGAGGAAGGAGGAGGCGGGGCAGAGUGGAGGGGAGGAGGAGCCAGAGGAGGAAAGCCACACCCCUCUACCACCUCCCAUGCAGAUCAUCAAAGACCCCAACAACCCAGAGGCUUUGGACUCAGAUCAGGGCUCCAACGAGUCGGACACCGAACAGAGGAACAAAGCUCUGAGAGGACGCAUGUUUGUGGUUAACGAGAUGAUCCAGUCAGAGAAGGACUAUGUGAAGGACCUGGGUGUGAUCGUGGAGGGCUUCAUGUCCAGGCUGGAGGUCAGAGGGAUUCCAGAGGACAUGAGAGGAAAAGACAAGAUCGUCUUCGGCAACAUCCAGCAGAUCUACGACUGGCACCGCGAUUUCUUUCUGGUGGAGUUGGAGCGUUGCGUUCAGAAUCACGACCUGCUGGCCGACCUCUUCAUCAGACAUGAGCGUCGUCUCCAUAUGUAUGUGGUUUACUGUCAGAACAAGCCGAGGUCAGAGUUCAUCGUCAUCGAGUACGAGAACUUCUUUGAGGAGAUCCAGCAUGAGAUCAGCUGCAGGAUGUCGAUCAGUGAUUAUCUGAUCAAACCCAUUCAGAGAAUCACAAAGUACCAGCUGCUGCUGAAGGAUUUUCUCAAGUACACGUCCAAAGCAGGACUGGACUGUGAAGAGAUCGAGAAAGCACUAGAGCUGAUGUCACUGGUACCAAAACGCUGCAACGACAUGAUGAACCUGGGACGCCUGCAGGGAUACGAGGGGAAGCUGACGUCUCAGGGGAAGCUGCUGCAGCAGGAGACCUUCUGUGUUUGGGAGCAGGACGGAGGAGUUCUAUCUCGCAGUAAAGAGCGCAGAGUUUUCCUGUUCGAGCAGAUCAUCAUCUUCAGCGAACUGCUGCGCAAAGGCUCCAACAACCCUGGAUACCAGUACAAGAACAGCAUCAAGGUGAGUUACCUGGCCAUGCAGGACAGCGUGGACGGUGAUCCCUGUAAGUUCGUGUUGUGGUCUCGUGGCUCCGCUGAGCGCUUCACCCUGCAGGCGUCCUCCGCCAGCAUCAAGAUGACCUGGGUGGAAACCAUCGCCACCCUGCUGGACGCCCAGAACAACUUCCUGUCAGCUCUUCAGUCUCCCAUUGAGUACCAGAGGAAGGAAGGCGGGAUCUCUGUGACCCGUCCUCUAUCGUCAGGCCGGCCGCCGUCAGCCCCGCCCACACCCAACGGCCACGCCCCCCAGCCUCCUCCUGACGGCGAGCAGGAUGACCAGGAGCUGGUGCUGGUGCUGCAGGACUUUGUGGCGGUGCGGGAGGACGAGAUCUCCGUGUUUCGGGGGGAGAAGGUCCAGAUUCUGGCGUCCAACCAGCAGGGUCAGAGUCUGGUCUACCGGCCGGCUAACAGCGACUCGCCGGCCGCCGAGGGCUGGGUGCCCCGCAGCAUCCUGAAAACACACUGACACACACACACACACACACACCUGACAGCAGGGUCCGGUUCACUCCACAUACACACAAUACUGCAAGCUAACAGGGCCAAAGGCAUGCUGGGAGUUUCCUCAGUGGAAGGUGGAGCUUCACGAUGGUGACGACCACACGUUAGCAACCAAAACAAUCCCCGAGCAGCACCUGAACACACCGACAUGAAAAGUACUGACCACAGCGCCCCCUCCAGGAGAACCCCACAGAGAAAGACAAGCUCACACAGCAGACUGUUUGGCUUCUGUGCUGGUCAACUUACUUCAGCUAUUAAUCAAUAAUCAAACUGAUCAGCUGAUCAACUGAUGUAUCGAGUUCUGCACUGUGAUUGGAUGCUUCUUCACCACUACAGAGAAACAACUGAAAACAGUCCAGAGGAACUCGUUGGGAUUGGGUCACCAACAGAGAGAAGAGGCCCUCUGCUGCCCCCUACAGGCAGACACGACACAGAGACGUCCUGCUUCCCUCUGCUGCCCCCUACAGGCCGCACUGUUCACUGCAGCCACAACAUUCAAGUUGUGGACAGGACAAACAGCGUGGACAACUUAAGUCUUAAGUCUUAAGUCUCAGCAGUGGUGCAGUUUGUCCUGACGAAGACAUCGGAUUCUUUUUGGUUUACACUCUCAAAGGUUAAAGUACUUCUCAUGUCUGUAAAGUGCAGAGCUGCACAAUUUAAAAGCAAAGAUGUUAAACAAAUCCCACAGAAUACCUGAACUGUAGCAGAACAUGAGUCAUCCUGUUCAUCAUGCUGUGACCCCUCAGACUGAUCCUGCGACCUCCGCAGGGUCUCGACCCUCAGGUUGGGACCGACGUCACCGUCCUCCAGGCUUCACAUUCACACACUUCAGGCCCUGAUGACCUGCGAGUAUGAACACCUGAGACACACACACCCAGCAGCAGGUACUGUUAACCUCCUCCCUCCUUCCUGGUGCUUCAACAUUAAGCCAAAAGACACCUCCGUCCUCGUCCAAUCAGACGGCGCCGUCAGGUCGGCCUCCAGUUUACUGCCCUGAGCAACCAAUCACACACUGUUUCCUGUGGGUCAGUGCGAGGGAGACCAUGUACUCAUCAUCAUCGUCAUCAUCUCCCCAACAACAGGAAGCUGCGGUUGCCCAGCAACAAGUGACAGUUCAAAAAAUAAAAGCCUUCUGGAAGAGAAAAGGCAAAAUGACCCAUCAGCCAAUCAGAACUGAGCUCUCUGUGUGUCAUCCUGUUAAUAGUGUGUAUAAACAGACUGAGGACACACACACUCCACACACACAUACACACACACACACACACACACACACACCACUGCUAUGAUGAUGAAGAUGAUUAAUUAUGAUAAUUAAGAAUAAUAGAAUCUGUUUUUCACCUCAAUAGAAAAAAGAGAGAAAAUGUUUGUCAUAUGAAUGUUUGUGUGUGUUAGAGAGAGAGCGUGUGUGUGUGUGUGUGCGUGUGCGUGUUUCUCCACAGACAGUUAGGUGGUGUCCCGGUGUAGCGUUGCCAUGUGUUUGCGGUGACACCCGUUUUUUGUCUUUAUAGCAAACCAGAGCUGUUGCGGUCCCCCUUCCCCUCUCUCUCUCCCCCGUGUCUCUCUCCCCCUUCCCCUCUCUCUCU